GUUAUACUUCAGUCAUCCGACUCGAGCUGUGUCCGUGGUGCUGAAAUCCCACUGUAUUCUGCAAAUACAUCGCCAGCGUUCAACAGGUAUUCUCCACGUGGUGAUGGUGUUUCGAUAUGGCCACAUAAAUAGGCGGCGCCGUGUAAUUCCAUUUUCAAGUAGGCUAAGGUUAUUUAUCUGCUACUGAUUUAUUAUUAUCAGCCUGAAGUCGUUCAGACCGAAGAAAUGGAAAAGGAGCGAAAAUUCUCCAAACAAUAUGGGUCUUUGGAUCGCACCAAAUUGGAUGGAAAAGCCGAUAAGAAGGCAGAGGAAGACAUUGUGUCAAUGGCGGACUCCACCAUCACAAUAGAUGACAUCGAAGGGGAGCUUUUCAGAAUUGAGCGGAUACGUGAUGUUCUGGUACGGAGGGAAUCAGAACUAAGAUACAUGAUGGACGACAUUCAGCUUUGCAAGGAAAUCACACGGCUGAAAAAAGAACUUCAGAAGCUGGUGUCUGUUUCAAACACAGACAAAUCCAACGAGGACCGGCAGAGGGAGGAGGAGCUGCUGCAGCAGAUCCACAAGCUGGUGGAGACCAGGGACUUCCUGGUGGAUGACGUGGAGUUUGAGAGGCUCAGGGAGAGAGAGGAGGACAAAGAAAUGGCUGAUUUCUUACAGUCUAAAUUUCCCAAGACCUCGAAGAAAAAAAAUGUCACAGAGGACCGAAGGAUGACCUCCAAAGCCCAGCAGACUUCGUCCACUCCCUUCGUCACCAAAACCGGCCUCACCAUUCUGAAGGAGUGCUGCGGCUUCACAUGCUCUGUCAUGUAGACUCCCUGCCCUGUGGAGAGACAGAGACACUUUGUUGGUGUCUGGAUGGGGUUAUUUGUGUCGAGCGGGCAGACGGAGCUCUCAUACUUAGACUAUAACCAUAAACAUAUGUACAGUGACAGGUAGAGUUAGGACUGUGUUCCAUCAAUUAAUCUUUUGCUGGGUUGUUGCACCAAUUCAGUGCAUUUUGAGAAGUGUAGAUUUCAACUCAUUUUUAAAUUCUGUCAUAAAGAGCACAUGUUCAACUUAAUAAAAAAACUAGUUUUCCCAUCUCAAGAGGUUAAAUACAAA